AUGUUUGUUGGUGAGAUGUGCUGCCUGGUGGCUUAUUUUGUAAGCCUUUUCAUCCAACGAUUGCGCUGGCGUAGACGUCACCGAAAGGUGAAUGAUGUGCAGAAGCCGCAGAAAGCCUUGGUGGAAACCGACGGGCGUCAUAAACUGGAGAAGAUUGACGAAGUUUCUGCUGAAGUUGAGAACAACGAUCAGAUGUCUUUGCAAAGCGGUGCUUCUACAAUUCCAACAAUUCCGCGUUUCAAUUAUCUUUUAUUCGCAGUACCCGCAUUCUGUGAUGUUUGCGCUACGUCGAUACAAUAUUUUGGCUUGACGCUAACGAGUGCUUCAGCCUAUCAAAUGUUAAGAGGUGCCGUAAUAAUUUUUACUGGUUUGUUUUCGAUUCUCUGUUUACAUGUGAAGCUGCGUCUUUUCAAGUGGAUCGGCAUGUUGCUCGUGGUGAUUGGUUUAGUGGUUGUUGGUGUGGCUGAUAUCUUAUACGUAGAUGACACGAAAGGCAAAACCAGGCUUCAAAUUCUUGUUGGUUGGUUCUUUUUACCUGUUACUUAUUCCUUUUGGAGAAUUCGGAUAUUUUUAGUUCGUUACGCAACGUAA